CGUGGCUUCUACGUGUACUAAGUAGAUCAUUUCCUUGCGGGCCCUGUCCUACAAACACAUUGAUCACGGUCUACUCUCCAUGAUUUGGGAAAAUGUCGAAAGCUCGAUUCUCCAAAACCUUACAGUCAUGGCUGCCAUCCUACGUCGACCGAUGCGCCUCUUCUCGAUAGUAGCUGGAGUAGCUUUCGUAUACAUCCUCAUAAUAUUCGUCCCCAAACAUCAAGAUACCUCCUUAUACAGCUUUCAAUAUGUCAAGAGCAGCUUUGACUGGUCAACUUUACCCCAAAGACACCCGGUCAAACAACUGACACCCUUGCCCAAGGGUUUGGUGAACAAGCUACCCAAGGUCCAGCACGAUUUCAGCUCCGAUCCGAAGCCAAGCAGCGAGAGAACCGAGGUUCUGAACGAGCGCCGAUUGGAAGUGAAAGAUGCAUUCUCAAAGAGCUGGAACAGUUACAAGCGCCAUGCUUGGAUGUGGGACGAGCUUACGCCCGUGACAGGGCAAGCCAAAGAUGGAUUUGGAGGCUGGGCAGCCUCCCUCGUCGACUCAUUGGACACACUAUGGAUAAUGGGUCUAAAGGACGAAUUCUAUGAAGCCACCGCUGCUGCGAUGACUAUUGACUGGUCCAAGACGGACGAGACGGCUUGCAACUUCUUCGAGACGACAAUUCGGCAUCUCGGGGGCCUACUCAGCGCCUAUGACCUGAGCAAGGAAAGGGCAGUGUUACAAAAGGCUAUCGAACUCGGCGAUAUGCUGUAUUCGGCGUUCGAUACUCCGAACCGUAUGCCGCCAUUCUGGCUAGACUUUGAACACGCAAAAGAAGGCACAUUGCAGCCCGGGGUCCACGACCCUUCUGCCUCGGUUGCUUCAUCGUCCCUGGAAUUCACGCGAUUAGCCCAGCUGACGGGGGAAGACAAAUACUAUGAUGCCAUUGACCGAGUGACGCGACUGCUGGACAGGACGCAGAGCUCGACCCAGUUGCCGGGCAUGUGGCCGACCUUUUUGGACAUGCAAACGGGCAACUUUGAUGGAAUCGCUGACUUCACCCUUGGAGCGCUGGCAGACUCACUAUACGAAUAUUUGCCCAAGAUGCACGCCUUGCUGGGUGGGCUGGAACCUGUUUACGAGAAAAUGUAUCGCGAGGCCAUGGACACGGUUAUCAAGAACAUUCUAUUCCGACCUAUGCUGCCAGAUCAAGACGAUAUCCUUUUUUCCGGGUCCUCUUACGUCUCGUCAACUUCAGGACCUCAGCUCAACUCCGAAGGACAGCAUCUGGCGUGUUUCGUUGGGGGAAUGUUUGGGCUCGGAAGCAAGUUGUUUAACAUCCCUGAGCAUCUCGAAAUUGGAGAGAAGCUUGCGCGAGGCUGCGCCUGGGCAUAUGAUUCAUUCCCUACAGGAAUCGGCCCAGAGAUCUUCGGCUUGAUCUCUUGCCCAACUCUUGACCCGUGUCCGUGGGAGGACGAGAUCUGGAAGGUGGAAGGUGACCGUACUCUGACGAAAGGCUUCACACAUGCGCGAGACCAGCGCUAUCUGCUGCGGCCGGAAGCCAUCGAGAGCAUAUUUCUGAUGUACCGCAUGACGGGCAAUCAGGAGUACCAGGAAAUUGCGUGGAAGAUGUUUCAGUCCAUCAAGAACUCCACCGAGACCGACUUAGCUUUCUCUGCGAUAGCCGCCGUCACAGAGACGGGUGAAACAGAGAAGUUGGAUUCAAUGGAGAGUUUUUGGAUGUCUGAAACUCUCAAGUAUUUCUACUUGAUUUUCUCGUCGCCUGAAUUGAUCAAUUUAGAUGACUAUGUGCUCAACACGGAGGCCCAUCCGUUCAAGCGGCCUUGAAAGGGGGUUGGGCAUCAAUCAGUAGGACAUCAAAGUCAGUGUCAUGGAGCAUCGAUUUACCAAUAUUUAUUUCAAGGCGUGGUAAGCCGAGCAGUAAAGCUGAGCGGUGAAGACAGAGAGGCUCGAGUACAUAAAGGAAUGUGCCACGGCACUCGGAACGGGAUACGAAUCCCCUUCUCGCAGGGACAUGAUUAUGCAGCCUCGAGUGCAUGCUGUCCCAGAGACGAUGACCACCAGGCAGUGGAUCUCGAGGCACGAGUUAUGCAGUAUAUAAUAUAUUUGAUUAUUAGGUGGGGUUAUCCCACGGAACCCU